AACCGGAAGUCAUAGUGCACAAAACAAUCUCGGGGAAGAAGCAACAAUGGCUUUGCAGAGAGACGAAAUGUCCAAGUUUAAUAUACCAAUAUCGUCUCAAAAUAUUGAGAAUCAGUUCCUGCAAGAAGACAGAAAGCCUAAGAAAUCGAGCAGGGAAGUUGAAAUUCAAACUGAUGUAUCAACACCAGCAAAUCCUUUCAACAUGACUGCAAGGAACUUUCCAAAGAGACACAGGAAUUAUUUUCGAGCAAGUGCCUCAAACAGAACCAGGGCAAGCUCCUUCAGUCCAGGAAAGGCACUUGAUUUAGUGAGAGCUGCAUUGCAACCAUCCUUGAAUGCUGAGCUGGAAAAUGUUUUGAAAAAUUAUCAAGAGCUUUUGAAACUUGCAGCAGUAAACAUUCGUGACAACACAGGCGAGGUUGUAACUGAUGAACUAGUGAAUACAACCAUAAGAAAGGCUUUGGAUGAGGCAAAAGUUCUGUUUCGAACUGACAACAAGCCUCUAAAUGAGAAGCCUGAGAGAGAAUCAAGAACUGGUUCUCCCUUUGUACGUAAGAAAAGGCGUCCAAGAGAAACAAAAGAUGACGGUGCACCUGCAACAAAAAGUGCAAGAUCUGACAAGAAUGCACACUAUGAGUGGGAUCCAGAAUGCAUCAACUAUGACACAGAGUUUGUCAUGGGGGUGAAAGCAAACAAAGCUCUUGGGUUUGCAGCAACCCGUGGAAAGUUAUACAGCCGACAUCCAGACUUAUUCAAGUAUGUGGGCGACCAAGAAGACAAGCAAUGGUUGUAUGAGAAUGGUCACCUUCCAAUAACUGGAGGAAAGGCUUGUUUGAUGAUUAAGGACAAUAUUUACGAUUUGUUGAAUCGGGACGAUUAUAAGAACAGUGAGAAUACGAGCAUUGAGGAUAUUCCAGGAUUUCGUGUUAGCAAACGUAUGGUGGACAAGAUGAAGGCCGUUAUGAGAAAAAGCCAACUGAAUCGAGAGAAAGAAGUAAAGGUGGAACCAAGCACACAAUAUGUUGAGAAGACUGCAGACGCACCACCAGGACCAGUUGAAUCUGAAGUUGUAACCAGUACCUCAUAUGCAUCGCGUCCAGCGCAACCUGGCUUGGAUGAGCCGAAUGCUAAUCCCUGAAAUAUUGAAAAUUGAUCUUGCAUAGUUAGGAUAGUAAUAGAAAAGGCAAUAUGUGACAGCAGAAUUUUGUUAUCCUGUUGGGCCUCGUAAAAAAUAAAAUGUUGGUGAAAUGUAUAACUUCCAAUCACCAUAAAGUUUUAGUUAUAAACUUUAAAUACUUGUAGUUAAUAUUGAAUUUUAUUUGUAAAAUAUAAAGAGAAAUACACGAAAAUAGGUUUUCCAUGGAGGUUUAAAAAGUUCGAUUUUUGUACAAUUUUUUUUUGCCAACAUGACGUAAGUUUUCUAGCGUUUACCAACUCAAUUACUAUUUUGUAACAAUAUAAUACGACUAUAGUACAGAUAAUAAACUUUGAAACUGCUCAACGGUUUAGUUGUUAUUGAAA